UGGAUACCUGGAACUCUUCUGCCUUUGUACUUGGCAUUGGCUCAGAAUUAACCGAGUAUUGGUCAAAGUCUGUGAGCAAAUUACUACUCCUAGUAUUAGAUCAGUCCAUAGAAAGUAGGAGCAAUGGCCGUGACACUGUUAGAGGAUUGGUGCAAGGGGAUGGACCUGGACCCCCGGAAAGCCCUGCUGAUUGUGGGGAUCCCUGUGGAGUGUACUGAGGAUGAAAUUAAAGAUACUGUGAAAGCAGGCUUACAGCCCUUUUACCCAUACAGGGUUCUGGGCAUAAUGUUUAGACGGGAAGACAAUGCUAAGGCAGUCUUCAUUGAAUUGGGUGACACCAUCAAUUAUGCUACAAUACCCAGUCAGAUACCAGGAAAGGGAGGUGCCUGGGAAGUGGUGGUAAAACCCCGUAACCCAGAUGAGGAAUUCAUCAAUAGAUUGAGCUACUUCCUGAAGGAUGAGGGCCGGAGGAUGGUAGAUGUGGCCAAAGCCCUGGGGUAUAGCCCUCCCACUGAGACCAAGGAACCACAGAAUAUUUCCCCAGUUGAACCAAUAGUUUUGCAGCCUCUGAAAGAAAACAUGUGGUACCGAAAACUCAAAAUGUUUUCAGGAACUGCCUUCCCAAGCCCAGGUGAAGAGCACUUUGAAGUCUGGCUGGAGCAUGUCACUGAGAUGAUGCAAAUGUGGCAAGUGUCUGAAGUGGAGAAGAGAAGGCGUUUGCUGGAGAGCCUGCACGGCCCAGCUCUGUCCAUCAUGCGGGUGCUCCGGGUCAACAAUGACUCUCUGACUGUGGAGCAAUGCCUGGAUGCCCUGAAGCAGAUCUUUGGGAAUAAAGAGGACUAUAGAACCUCACAGUUUAAGUUCCUCCAGACCUGUCAGAAGAGUGGAGAGAAAAUGUCUGUGUUUUUGGUGCGGUUAGAGCCCCUGCUGCAGAAAGCCGUGCAGCACAGUCCCUUGUCAAUGAAAAGUGCAGAUAUGAUUCGCCUGAAACAUGUCCUAGCUCGGGCCAACGUGACCAACAGCCUCCGGGGCAAGCUUGAGCUCCUGGAUCAGCGAGGGUGUCCUCCCACUUUUCUGGAAUUAAUGAAGCUCAUUCGAGAUGAAGAAGAGUGGGAGACCAGCAUGGCAGUGACAAAGCAGAUGCAAAGGCCUGUAGGAAGGGGCCACAAGAUCUCCAGCAGACAAGUAUUAGAAGAAACCAGUGAUCCUAUCACACCUCAGGUCAUCGCACCAGUAUUUUGUGAGAGCAGCACUCAGACCAUUCAGAAAGGAAUUGCCUUGUCAUUGAAGCACAAGCAACUGUCCUGCCACUCUAAUGGAGAGGAAGGCCUCAACCAGGCCACAUGCCCUAAGGUUGAAAACAUAACACCACCAAAGCAGAGCCCUCACCUUGAAGCAGAAGAGUCGGGAAACGAGGCAGGGGCUGGGGCCGUGAGCCAUCCCAAGCCCUAGGAAACAUAGGCUCAAAAGAUCUAGGCACCCUUUCUCCUAGCAGGCAUCAGAAAGAUUUUAACAAGGAGAAGGGACAGUCAAAAGGAAUAAAGGACUUGAGUGGGGCAGAGAGGCAAGGCAGUGAGGCCCAGGCCAAGCCCCCUCAUCCUCCACCAGCUGAAGGAGACUCCACCCAUGAAGUCAAACACACUUCAGGGAGAGUCAAGGACAGGGCCCUGAAGAGGUACCAGCGACACAAGCAGGGGGCCAUGAGACCCAGCACAUGGGAUGCUCCAGCCACCAGCAGAGACCCUGCUAUUGCAGAGGCUGAAGGAGUUGCAGCUGGAGGCUCUGGCAUCGGCCCCAUCAUCUCGCCACCCCCAAAUGUUCACCCUGUGGACUUGGAGCCAAGAAUGUCAACAGGCUCCCAGGCUACAUGGUGCCUGGAGAAGCCUUCCCCAGGGCCACCCCUGCUAAAGGAAGGCAGCACCAGUGAGGAAGAGCUGUGUGGCAGAGAGGCAGUGCGCCCUUGGAAGGGAGGCCGCAGGGUCCAGCCCGUCUUCAGAAUUAUCUACACUGCUCUAGGGGAGCCCCAGGAAGGCAGCACCCAUGAGCCCCUGAGAAAGUGAGGCCAGGAGAGCCCACUGCCAGCCUACAGGCACUUUCCUCUGCAGCCUGGAAGGGCUGUGGGGGCAAGGAGAGCAAAGAAUGAGAGGAGAAGAGCCUUGGGUGAGAGCCUAGGCUCAGACUGUGUGUGGGGUUGCUGAGUACUUGGGUUAGGACCCCACAGCUGGUUUUGGGGGCAGUGGGUGUGCAGGGGCAA